AGCAGAGUACACAGGACAGGCACUGGGAAGCCAGGACUCUGGAUGAAUCUGCCAGCGUUUGAUCUUGCCAGUGAGAUCAGCGCCUCAAUGCUGGAGAUGGAACCUCUGAACAGCACCGCCCCCAGUCCUGCCACUCUGCCCCGAAGCCCCCAAGAGUCCCACGUGCCCGGCAGUGGCGGUGGCAAUGGCAACGAAUACUUCUACAUCUUGGUGGUCAUGUCCUUCUACGGGGUCUUCCUCCUCGGAAUUAUGCUGGGUUAUAUGAAGUCCAAGAGGAGGGAGAAGAAAGCCAGCCUGCUGCUGAUGUACAAAGACGAGGAGAGGCUGUGGGGUGAGGCCAUGAAACCUCUCCCCAUGGGGUCGGGUCUGAGAUCUGUACAGGUGCCCGUGAUGCUCAAUGUGCUGCAGGAGAGCAUGGCCCCUGCCCUGUCCUGCGCCCUCUGUUCCAUGGAAGGGGACAGUGUGAGCUCCGAGUCCUCCUCUCCCGACGUGCACCUCACCAUCCAGGAAGAGGGUGCAGAUGAUGAGCUGGAGGAGACUUCUGAGACCCCCCUGCAUGAGAGCAGCGAAGGCUCCUCAGAAAGCAUCCAGCACAAUUCCUAGCACCCUCAGGGCCCCUGAAAGUGGCCUCAACAGCCAGUACCCCUAAUGAGAGGAAGGACACUUGGUGUGUCUGCUGUCACUGCGGCAAUGCAGCUGUCAUUUGGAAAGACCCUCAGCGAUGCCCCAGUGGGGUGUAGAAGGGUGGGGGACGACGUUCAGCUGGAGUCGGACCAAUAGCUUCAAAGGGGUCACUCUGGGUUUGCCCAGGGCUUGUGGUGAGGGGACACUGCAGGAACAGCUAGGCCCUGGAGCUUUGCAGAGGGCCAGGUCUUGGAUUCCUGUUUCCCAAGACAGUAGGGGAAAAUGCUUCUGAAGGUUUUCUCACUGGAUUUUGGGCAGCACCCUGCAGCCUCUGACU